AUGCAGUUCAGCUUUUCAUUUACAUGGUUUUUAAGCAUUGUCCAUGACAGAUUUAGAAAAGGAAGGAUUGAUUUGGAGAGUACCCUGGAACUUCUUAAUAACUUUGACAUUCCUUUUGAUUAUAUUCAUGUGAAAAACAUUUUUAAGAAAACAAGUGAUUCAUUCAAGGCUGGAAAUAUUACUAUAGAGGAUUUUAGAAGAAUAUAUCUUACUAUAGCACAUAGAUGUGAAUUUUAUGAGCUCUUCACAAGCUACUCUCCAAACCACAGAAUAUUAUCGCUACCAAAUCUUGUUGAUUUUCUCAGAAAUGAACAGUUUCAAGAUAAUGCUGAUGAAGCAAUUGCAUCUCAACUUGUUGCAAAAUUUGAGCCCAUUGAAGAAGCAAAGAGAAAUAAAGAGAUGACAAUUGAAGGAUUUAUAAGAUAUGUGACCUCUGAGGACUGCGCGAUAUUUAAAAGUGAGCACAGAACUGUUUACCAGGAUAUGUCCCGUCCGCUAUGUGAAUACUUCAUUUCAUCCUCACAUAACACCUACCUGCUAUCUGAUCAGCUAAUAGGGUCGAGUCAUCUGUGGGGCUAUGCAAGUGCUCUGAUGAAAGGAUGCCGGUGCCUGGAAAUUGAUUGCUGGGAUGGACCCAAUAACGAUCCUGUCGUUUAUCAUGGAUAUACAUUAACAAACAAAAUUAGCUUUAUGACCGUCAUCCAAGUGAUCGACAAGUAUGCCUUUGUGGUCUCUGAUUAUCCUCUGAUAUUGUCUCUGGAGAAUCAUUGUAGUCCUAAACAACAGGAAGUUAUGGUGGAUUAUCUAAAAAGUAUUCUGCGUGACCAGCUGGUUACAUUUACAAUAGAUGACACCAUACCAACUGAAUUACCUUCUCCUGAGGCACUAAAAUUUAAAAUUAUGAUAAAAAAUAAAAAAAUUGGAACACUUGAAGAAACACUUGAAAGGAAAGAUAAGGACAGUCAUGGUCAAACAGGAGAAUUUGAAGAGGAGGAAACAAGUGAUGAAGAGUCAAAUAAUGAGCUAAAACACACUAAAGAAUCUCUGGUUAAGAAAAGACAAGCACUUUGGAAACGUGCAGCUCCCCCCAGUAAGAAACAAAAAAUAAGGAAAAUAAAGAUUGCCUUGGCACUGUCGGCACUUGUAAUAUAUACCAAAUCUCAGAAAUUUACAAGCUUUGAAGAUUCAAGAAAAAAUCAGCGUUUUUAUGAAAAUAAUUCAAUUGGUGAAGCAAAAGCCAGAAAGCUGGCAAAACUGAAAGCAAAUGAAUUUGUUCAACAUACUCUUAGAUUUCUCACAAGAAUAUAUCCUAGAGGAAUCCGAACCAACUCUUCUAAUUAUAAUCCUCAGGAAUUUUGGAAUGUUGGGAGUCAGAUGGUGGCCUUAAAUUUUCAAACACCUGGAGUACAAAUGGAUCUUCAAAUUGGGAAAUUUUCAGAUAAUGGUGGCUGUGGCUAUAUAUUGAAACCUGAAUUCUUGAGAAAUGAAAACACACAAUUUAACCCAUAUAAUAUAUCUGCAAACCAUCAAGCAAUUACACUUACAAUUAAACUUAUUAGUGGCCACCAGUUACCACCUAGCAACCUUUCAAGAACUAACAAAGCCGACCCUCUUGUUAUAUUAGAAAUUUAUGGCAUUCCAGAAGACCAGGCAAAACAACAGAGUUGUGUUGUGAAGGGCAAUGCUUUGUGUCCUAGGUGGAAUCAAACAUUCACAUUUCAUAUCCGUGUUCCAGAGCUUGCCUUAGUUCGUUUUGUUGUAGAAGAUCAGUUUUCUCUUGCUUCCAAUAAUUUCCUUGGUCAAUAUACAUUGCCACUUUUAAGCAUAAAUAGAGGUUAUCGUCACAUUCCACUUUUUUCCAACCUUGGUGUCAGCUUACGUCCUGCUUCUCUCUUUGUACAUGCUUGGUACCCAAGAAAUAAUUACCAUAAACAGUUCAUGACUUCAUUAGCUCUCUUGAGGCUUAUUAAUGCUCAACUAGCUUUUCUCAGGAAGACUUUAAUUAAUUUCAAGAGUGAACUGGCGUGA